AUGUCCCAGACAGAUGUUAACGGUGUAGCCCGGGGAGGUUCUUGCUUCAAGAAGGCUAGAUUUGGUGCUGACGUUAUCAUUGCAAAUAUUGACGGUGGUAGCUGGCCUGAAUCUCAAAGCUUUUCUGAUGAGGGAAUGGGACCCAUUCCUUCAAGGUGGAAAGGAGCCUGUGAUGAGCAAGUUGAAGUCUUGUAUUAUGAAUGCAGGAAGUUGAUAGGAGCAAGGUUCUUCAACAAGGGCUAUAUGAGUGAUGCUAGGGGUGCUGCAAGCUCAAGUGAAGGACUGAAGACUGAACUUCACACUCCAAGAGACUACGAUGGCCACGGCACUCACACUCUCUCAACAGCAGCAGGCUGCUUUGUUCACGGCGUCAAUAUCUUUGACCGCCUGGCCAACGGUACUGCCUCCGGCGGCUCCCCCAUGGCAAGAGUCGCCGCCUACAAGGUCUGCUGGCCGGACAUGUAUGACCAGUCCAGCCUCUCCUGCCAUGAUUCCGAUAUACUCGCCGCCUUCGAUAUGGCCAUACACGACGGCGUUCAUGUCAUUUCCGUGUCUCUGGGAAGUAAUUUUCCUCAGAGUUACUUAAACGGCAUCAAUGUCGUCUGCUCCGGUGGAAAUGCGGGUCCAUUCCCUCAAUCUGUCAUCAAUGUCGCGCCUUGGGUCUUCACAGUAGCUGCUAGCACCAUAGACAAGGACUUCCAAGCUCGAGUUCAACUCCGCGAUGGCCAAAUCUUCCAGGGAGCAAGCCUUUCUAAAGCAUUGCCACAAGACAGGUUCUACCCGCUCAUAGCCGGUGCGGAGGCAAGGAGGUCUAAUUCAACCAUUGAUGAUGCGAAUUUGUGUUUAAUAGGGACGAUAGAUCCCAAGAAGGUGAAGGGAAAGAUCUUGGUUUGCUUGACAAGUGAUGAUGAUGAUGGCUAUUCAGUGAAAAUGGAGAAAGGGUAUGAGGCGUUACAAGCUGGUGCGGCUGCAAUGAUCCUUUGCAGUAGUAGUAAAAAAGAUGCCACAAGAAUUUACAUGCAUUUGCUUCCAGCAGCACACAUUAAAUACAAAGACACUCUAUCUUUGCUUGCUUACCUUAAAUCAACCAAAAAUCCUAUGGCAACUAUUCAUCCUCCCAGUGACGUCUUCAACUCCAAGCCUUCUCCUGCAAUAGCAGAUUUCUCCUCCAGGGGACCAAGCACGUUCGUACCAGAGAUCCUCAAGCCUGAUAUUACUGCUCCUGGGGUGAAUAUUUUGGCUGCAUAUUCACCUGCUGCUGCCCUUACAGGAUUUUAUCUUGACAAUCGUCGAAACUUUUCUUAUAACCUUCUGUCUGGAACUUCUAUGUCUUGUCCUCAUGUUUCUGGAGUUGUCAGCCUUCUCAAAACUUUUCAUCCUGAUUGGAGUCCUGCUGCUAUUAAAUCUGCUAUCAUGACAACAUCAAAGACAAGGGACAGUACUGGCCAUCCAAUGCUUGCUGCGAGUGAUGCAAAGGGCACAAUGAAGAAGGCAACUCCAUUUGAGUUUGGGUCAGGUCACAUUAGGCCAAACCAAGCCAUUGACCCUGGCUUGGUCUAUGACUUAACCUUAAAGGACUACCUUAAUCUUAUGUGUGGCCUUAACUACAACGCCACAAAUUUAAGAUUGUUCUAUGAUGCUCCUUACAAGUGUCCUUAUUCCUACAAUAUUUUCAACUUCAGUUACCCUUCAAUUACCAUCCCUGUCCUCUAUUCCUCAGUCAAUGUGAGCAGGUCCCUCAAGAACGUUGGCUUGCCAGGCACGUACGUGGCUCGAGUGCUCUCCCCUCCGGGUCUGACCAUUAAUGUGGAACCUAAGACCUUGACGUUCGACAAGGUUGGUGAAGAGAGAAGUUUUACUUUGACAAUUGAAGUUAUAAGGCAUGGUCCUGAGACUACAUUCGGAAGGACAAUUUGGUCCGAUGGAAAGCAUUUUGUGAGAAGUCCUAUAACUGUUGGUGGUGUUCUGGUUUAG